AUGCAUUUCGACACCCAAGCUCAAGUUACACCCACGCUGGGCUUCAACAUAUUAGUGAUCUGCUUAGGUUCAUUCCUGUUUGGCUAUCAUCUGAGUGAGUUGAACGCACCCCAGAGAAUUAUAUCUUGUAGGCUGCAUCAGGAAGGCCCCAUGUCUUGGUGGGCCCAGCAUCCGGAGUUGUUUGAACAAUGUAUCCCGAUGAAAUCUAGUCAACGGGCUAUGAUUACCACCAUGUUGUCCUUUGGGGGUCUGCUGGGCUCCCUGUAUAGUGGAUGGGUAGCAACCAAAAUAGGUAGAAAGAAGAUCAGUAUACUUGUCUCUCUGGGAUAUGUCCUCUCUUCGGUUCUGUUAACAAUUGCUAACUCCUAUGGGAUGCUGAAUCUGGGAAGAUUUAUAGCUGGAUUGAGUUCGGGAGCAUGUUUGGCUGUGACUCCAAUGUUGAUCUUUGAGAUCACCCCAGUUGUUCAUAGGGGGUUCAUGGGAACAAUGAUGCAACUCUCUAUCUGCUGUGGGAUCACUACAUCUCAAGUCAUGGGCUACUACUAUGCUAAUGACACGCAAUGGAGGAACAUUUUCCUUUUCAACGUCUUGAUUUCUUUGACCUACACGUUGCUACUUCCCUUCACAAUGGAAUCCCCGAAAUGGCUUAUUACAGUGAAGAAAGAUGUGAAGAGAGCAACAGCGCUACUUAAGAAAGUCAGAGGUACGCAUAAAGAAGUUGAGGGUGAAGUGUAUCAUUGGAGAGGCCUUAGUGUUAAUCAGAGACACAGUAAAACUUAUGGGUCUGUGACCGAUACGAACGCGUCUGAAUUCAAUUCACUCCCCGCUAUUGAAGAAGAGCUUGCUCCCUCAAAGUCCCGUCGUUACUCAGUGGACAUUAACGUUGAUAAUAUAACGGUUUGGCAACUGUUAACAAUUCCAAGAUUCCACAAAGAUGUGAUUGCUAUUAUAGGUUUGAUGCUCUCAAUUCAGCUCACUGGUCAGAAUUCCAUCACUUUUUACGGUGUGGAUGUGCUCAGCGGCAUAUUUCCCCAAAACACAAGUCUGAUCAACAUUUUUUUGUCUGUUAUCAACAUAUUUAUAACACUGGUGUCCUCAUUGUUAAUUGAUAAAACAGGAAGAAAACCUAUGCUUUUGAUGUCCGAUUUUCUGAUGAUUGUGGGCUCAUUUGUGUUGGCCUUGAGUAUGAGGAAUGAUUGGAAUUGGGCAGUGGUGAUAUCUGUUGCAGUAUUUGUUAUUGGAUUCUCUACUGGUAUAUCUUCAGUGCCGUAUUUGAUGAUCCCUGAGAUGUUAGAACACGAUGUCAUCCCAGCUGCUCAAGCGUUAGGUGCCACCGUAAACUGGACCACGGGAAUCAUUAUAUCUUAUUUUUUCCCUAUUGUGAACGAACGUUUGCCCACCGGGGAAGUUUACUUUAUCUUCACCUUCAUAUGCAUAAUGUUCUUCAUUUUUGUCGUUAGAAGAGUCCCUGAAACAAAGGGGAAAGUCAACUACAAUGAGGUUUGGAAAGAUUAUCACUUUUACACCUAA